UAGCAGAGCGGUUAGUCUGCUGCCGCGUGUUGGGGACGUCGCAACUCGUCGACGUCGCUGCUCCUGCGUUGUUCUAAAUUUAGUCGCCAACGCCGACGUCGCGCGUAAAUGUAAAUGUCGCCGCUGCCGACCAAAAGCUAUAUCAACAGCAACAAAAACAAUAACAAAUAAUAGCUGUCGCUCUCAUAAUUACAUAUUUAUUCAUUUUCGCCGACAAUGAACCACCUGCGGGUGCACAAGUUUAAGCUGGGCGGCAAAGAUAGCGCCGCCAUGGCCGAUCUUCCGCAGCCAGACACUGCCCACAACAACAACAACAACUGCAACAACAACAACAAUGGGCCCAAAGGAUUUCUGGGCCGCAUAAAACGGUACUCGGUGCUGGGGAACAAGCUGGGACGCCGACACCUCGGCAGCAUGAACCUCAACAGUGGCGGCAACGCUGGCGGCGGGGAGUUGCAAGCCGGCAAGCCCCAUACCGGAAGCUACAACAUGACGGGAAGCCACUCGGAGGACCAUCGCCUCGAGAUCGGGGCCCCCGUCCUGAUAUCCACCACCACACUGGACACAGACCGCUUUGAUGUCACCGAGGCGAGACUUAAGCAGAUCGGGGGCGGAAUAGCCCAGACCUCCAGUGUGGUAAGGACCCUGACGCCACGCAGCUCGGAUGAGGACGAGUUCGUGGACGCCAGGAGCACGCCCCAGGAUAUGAUGAAGGAGGAGGAGCACGGUGAGUCCGUGCACGAGGAGGAACAAAAGAAAACCGAGCCAGAACCAGAACCAGAAGAACAGGAGCACUUCGAGACGCCCACGCACCAGGCGGAAGAGCCAAAAGAGCUACUGCCAUCUCCUUGCCAGACUCCGCCCGUGUCCCCUGUGCCCGUGGAGCCGCCCGUGAGGAAGCCCCGCAUCGCCCGGCAGCAUAUGCAGUCGCAAUCCGUCCAGAACCUGCACCGCACCGAGCUCAAGGUCUACCUGCACAAGUCCAACUCCAUGGCCCUCAACAUGAACGUCACUGCUCCGGCGCACCUGGGCCCGGACCUGAAUCUGCCCGAGCUGCCGGAGCUAUAUGGAACCAGUGAACUCAGCCUGGCGGCGAGCGACAACAAGGAGAACCAGCCGGCAGGGCAGGCCACCUUUGAGAGAUCGCCGAUUCCGAACGGCGGAUUCCUGGCGCAGCAGCCGCACUUCAAGAGCCUAGACUCGUUCCAGUUGAACUCGAAGGUGAACUCCCAACGCAGCUCCCGGCAGAGCUCCCGCCACAGCCUGGCCAGCAGCAGCCAGGACGAGUUCGACUUCGACCUGAAGUCCGUCAGCUACCAGAGCCUUAACGCGCAGAACCUGUUCGUCUCGAUCGACGAGCUGCAAGAGCUGACGCGGCAGAUUAAUGAGACGGAGGACUUCAACCGGGAGAUCGACUUGGAGUACUGCACCCACCGGGACCAGCUGCGCCCCAACGAGCGGAGGAUCACCCUGCUGAAGAACAAGAACCAGACGCUGAUCAACUUCAGCCACAACAAGGAGAAGCUUCGGAAGGGCUGGCACGGCAUGAAGCACUGGCUGGGCGAGGAGAGCUCCAAGAUCAAGGAGGCGGUGCGGCAACAGACGCCGCUGAAGCGGCUGGCCCAGUCCCGGAGUAACCUUAACCAGUCUGCGCCCGAGCCCGGCCGGCAGUCGAUGUCGCCGGAGCGGAGUCGCCGAGAUGUCACCGAAAGCUGCGAGGAUGUAACGGAACGCACUGAAAUGGAGUCGUCCAUGUCGCAGCGGAACAGCGAGGAGGACCUGUCGCCGCACGCCAAGCGGUUCAAGGAUGAGGGACAGAAUGGCUUCGAGGAACUGCGGCGAUACGUCAAGCAGGGUGGUGACUUCAGCAAGGAGCUCAUCUUCGUCCUCCAGGAAAGAGCCGACUCGGAGCUGAUCUACUCAAAGUCCCUGUCCAAGCUGGCGAACAAACUGAACAAGGCUGGACGGGAGAUCCCCGGAAGCGUGGCAGACGCCUGGCGGGGUGUGGCCACUGAGAUGGAGAGCCGCAGCGACAUCCACCGGCAGCUGGCCGCCUCCCUGACGGACGAACUGGUGAAGCCGCUGAAGAGCGUGGUGGAGGGGCAUCACAAGGCCCGCAAGGCGGUGGAGAGCAACGUCGACAAAGCCGCUCGCGUCCUGGGCGAGUGGCGGGCCAGCGAGGCAAAGGCGAAGAAGGCCUCCCACACGGCCGCCCGGGAGAACGAGAAGCUGCAGGACGCGAUGCUAGACGUGCGCAUCCAGAAGUCGCCUUCCAUAGCUCUCCUGCACCAAGGACCCAACAAACAGGCUGCGGAGAAGGAGCUCAAGUCCGCCGAGAAGGACUGCGUGAAGCUGGACAACAAGCGCAAGAAGGCCGAGGAGGCUGUGAAGCGGGCGGAUGUGGAAUACUACACCCUGUGCGUCCGGGCGGAGCGCGCCCGCGUCGACUGGGAGAUGGCCGUCCUGCGAGGAUCUGCCCAGCUGCAGAGCAGCGAACAGCAGCGCCUGGGAAACAUGCACAACUUCGCCCAGCAGUACGCCCGCCUCAUCGCCGACAUGAACCCGAUCCUCGGCGGGCUCAGCGCUCGACUGCAGCCUCAGCUAGAGGCCUGCAACGUGGCCAAGGACAUGCAGGUGGUGCGCAACAUCCGCCGCAACUCGGAGGGUCCCAGCGAGCAGCUCCUGCCGGACUUCUACUGCGAGCACACCACGCUGGCCAUGAACCGGGAGCGCCGCAAGCACGCCCUCAUCAAGCUCCUCCAGCUAGUCAAGACGGAUCUGGAGCGGGAGCGCCGCUCCAGGGACGGUCUGAGAGGCCUCUCGCAGUCGCUGAACAACCAGGAGCACCAGAACAUCACCGACAAGCUGUACCACAUCCGAUCCAUGCUUACAUAUCUGGAGGGGGCUCGCCUUAAGCUGCACUCUGCCCUCCUGGAACUGGAUCACAAGCCCAGGACCACCCAUCCGUUGGCCCAGCACAUUCAGAUCACCCGAGACCGGACUGGCCUGCAACAGAGCAUCCUGAAGGUGCCCAACUGGCUGAAGAACAACGACAAGUCGCAGCAGCAGCACUCUGCCGGAUUCCUGGCCCAUGACGUCACUGAUAUAAGCGCCGAUGAGGACCACCAGUUGCCGGAGGACAACUGCUCCCACCUGCACAGCAACAGCACCAGCAACGGGUCCUGCACGGACAUCAGCUCCGUGGUGAAGCAGUUCAGCCGGAGCAAGAGCAACAUUGAGACAAACUUCACUAGCCAGCCAAAAAUAAUCUCGACGACGAAUGCCGCCGUGGCGUCUUCCGUAAAGUCCAAGACCCUGUCGAACCAGCAGGAUAACCACCACCACCUGGGGGGCAGCGAUCGCGGCCAGGCGGACGGCGGCUCCAACCAGCAGGACUCGGACUUUGAUGAGUUUAGCUCGCAGGACGAGGAUGACUGCCUGGAGAAGCUGCCGCUGCCACAGCCUGCCAAGCCGCCACAUCAGACACAGCAGCAGCACUUCUACCAGAACGCCCAGGACCUGCAGAAGAGCCCGCAGCCGGAUGGCAACGGUCCUGUCCUUGGGCGCUGCAAAGCCCUCUAUAGCUACACCCCGAAACUCUACGACGAGCUGGAACUGAGUCCUGGCGACAUCAUCGAGGUGCACGCCAAGCAGGACGACGGCUGGUGGCUGGGUGCGCUGCGCAACCACAUCGGGAUCUUCCCGGCCACGUACGUGGAGGAGUGCGCCUAGGACCUGCAAGCCAGCCGUGUCCUUGCUGUAGUUAAGUGCGAAUGUGUGUGUAUGAAGUGGAUCGAUUUGGGGAGCUAUAUGCAUGCCAUAUAUGGCACUUGUCCUUACUGAAAUCACGUCCUUUAAAAUCAAAAGCAAUAUAUAGUCUUCAUUCAGACCCGAAACGAACGCUUUGGGAAAAAGGAUAAACGCUGAAUAAUUCAUUUUUGAAAACGAACCUGAAAAAUGAAUCUAUUGGAUUGUUUAUUCAACUCUUUUGAAACACGAAGGAAGCAGGAAAUACUUCAUUUAUGUCGAGGGUCCUUUGCUCUAAAAAUGAACGUAUUUGCCCUUGUUUCUCCAAACAAGCCAAAGAAAGGAUACAAUGUUUUAAUAUUUGACUCCAAUCUUCCAAGAUAGUUCCCUCCAAAUCGAUCCACUGUGGUGUGUCUAUACUUAGUGAUCCUGCCCUUGACAAUCUGCUGAAUCCAGGACAGGCAUUUGGCAUUAAUUAUACGAACUAACUGUAACUGCGUAAAGAUUGUAUUUAGUGUCCUUUUUUUUUUAUUUUUUUUACUACGAAUUAAAAUAUGCUUAGAGCCCAGUUGAGUCAUUUACCAUUUAUUGAUCCUGCACAUUAUCCUUAACUGUCAUCAAUAAAACGAAGUACUUGUUAUUACAUUAUUACAUUAUUA